AUGGUGGUAAUCGGCGCCUGUAUCACCAGCAGAGUUCGGCCCCUGCUUGCUCGGCAAUUUGUGGAUAUCCGCAAAGCCAAGGUGGAAGGACUCUUAAAUGCAUUCCUCAAGUUGGUGGAUUACUCCGGCUCAGACCACACAUACCUCGAGACGGAGUCUGUCCGAUAUGUGUAUCAACCUGUCGAAAAUCUCUACCUCGUUCUGAUAACGACAAAGAGCAGCAACAUCUUCGAAGAUCUGGGAACCCUGAGAAUGUUUGUCAGCAUAGUUCAGGAUACCUGCGGAGAGGGUCACAGCAGCAGCAGCAGUCUGGAGGAGAGUGUAGCUGCUCACGCGUUUGACAUCAUCUUCAUGCUGGAUGAACUUAUUAGCGGGGGAUACAGGGAGGCUCUGACUCUGCAACAAAUUCAGUCCUUUGUCGCCAUGGAUUCGCAUGAAGAGAAACUACAAAAAAUGAUCGCAGAAGGCAAGGAGAAGGAGCAGGCCGACAGAAUGCGGGAGAUCGCGCAAAGACUAGAGAAGGAAAGACAAGCAGCGAAGAAGGCGGGCAAGGGCCUGGAUAUUGCAUCGUUCCGAGGUGCCUUGGCAUCUCCUCAGCUGUCUAGGGGGCCUACUCCUGCAGUGUCUGCGCCUGACACGGGAGCUCCCACCGAACAUUACUGGGGUGCAGGAAGUGCACCAGGAGGGGUGUACGACUCGCGUUCUCAAGCCUCUCCGGGGGAAAGCUCGGGGGCCCCCCCCAGGGGUAGCCAGCAGGCGAAGGGCAUGCAGCUUGGAAUGAAGCGAACACAUGGCGGCGACGACGGGUUGCUGCAAAGUCUCGUGCAGGAUGAGCAUACAAACCCCUCAGGAGGAUAUGGAGAAGAAGUGCAUCAACAAGAGGCUGUGAAUAACCUCCUGGCUGAUCCGGUGAGCGUUUUGAUUGAAGAGAAAGUGAAAGCGUCGCUCCAGGCAGAAGGCGUUCUAAAGGAGGUAGAACUCCAAGGAACAUUCUUCGUGACCGCGAACGAUCCACAAAGAGGCUCUCUUGCGUCAUUCCAGUUAACUCCAGAGGACAAGCGAUUCAAGAUGAAAAGCCACCCCAAUGUUGACAAGGCGGCACUUAGUCAGAGCAAUUUGCUGCAAGUCCGCGACCCCUCAAGGCCGUUGCCUCCAUUUCAGCCAGCACCUCUCCUUAAAUGGAGAAUCAAUGAGAAAGACGAGAGUUUAGUGCCCUUGGCUGUGAGCUGCUGGCCCUCCAGCACACCAACGGGCACAGUCUUGACUGUUGAAUUAGAGGUCACUGACACCACCAAGCGGUUGGAGGACGUGCAUGUUUCUUUCAUGUGCCCUGCCCAGGCAAACCCCCAGGUGUUGAGGACAGAUGCUGGGGCCACUGAGCAAGACGACGUGUCAGUGCAUUGGUUUCUUCCUGAAAUGGGCCAGGACCUUUCCGCAGCAACCAUCGAACUGGCUGCAAACACCAACCUCGCGACCCUUAUGCCAUUUUCAGUCGAAAUGCAUAGCAGGGAUAACAUCUGCUGCGUGGAGGUUCUGCAGUGCAGCCACAUGGAAACAAAGGCAGAGGUGCCUUUCUCGCUGACACGCAGAGUCGACUACCUCCUCACUAUCCACCCAUAA